CCCGACUCCUAAACAAAGUCUUUUCUAAUCUGAUUCAGAGGGGAGUGUCUAGAUGAACCCUGAAAAAGGGUUACAAGAACUAAGUUAUCGGCUAUAUGAUGCUAACAAGAGAACUAGAAAUGAAGUUGUGGCUGAGGAACAUGUGACGCUGGAAGGAGAUGAUGUGAAAGUUAAGGAGAUUAUGCAAAAUGUAAAAGAUAGUUAUGUUAGGGCUGUUCAGGCCCCUGCUGUGCUGCAAAUGCCACUGCAACAGCCUCAAAUGCAAUGUUUUGUUGGCAGAGAUUUCUGCAUGUAAAAACAGUUACGAUUCUGCUUGUAGAAAAUGAUGAUUGUACUCGCCAUGCUGUGACUGUACUUCUCCGCAAUUGCUGUUGUGAAGCUUGUGGUAAUCUGCCUUGUAGAAGUUACUACAGAUGCACUAGUCUAAAAUGCAAUGUACGCAAGCAUGUGGAAAGAGCAUCAGAUGUUCCAAGACCUUUCAUUACAACGUAUCAAGGUAAACAUAACCCCGAGAUGCCACUUAGGAACACAAAUCCGGUAGCCUCUGAUCCAGAUUCUAACUCACCUGCUACCAACCGAAGAAGGUAUAGUUUCCAACUUGAUAUUUGUGAUAAAGUCAUAAAGGCUCUCAGGACUCAGAGGGCAUCAGAACCAAAGCCCUUAGGCCUGAAGUGACUGUGAAGCUCACAAUAUAUGACUUUCUGUUAUAAAGGCUGCUUGAUGAAGGCAGUUUUCUGUGGAUAAUUCAAAUUAUUAGGGGGACAUUAUGAAUCCUCAUCUUCUUCUAA